AUGGCAUCCGGGUUCUUUUCGGCAGCAGACGAUGCGGGAUAUGAAGCUGCACUCGCGAUUGAGCACAGUGUGGCUGGAGAGAUCAACGACGGGUUUGUGGGUUUCCUUCUCGGGGAUCGCUUGAGGCUAGAAGCAGAGCUGGAGUUGGCCAGACAGGCAGCCGAGAAGGUUAAUGAUGAGAACACGCGGUUGCGCAUUCAGAUGGAGAUGCGCGACGAGGAGAUCAAAAGGCUGAAGAGCAAAAGGGGGCGCUCUGAUCAUCUUGGCCUGGAGCUACCUAACGCCAGCACUCACACGCAGUCAAGCUAG